UCUCACAGCCAGGCGGGCAAGCGUAUGCCUGAGAUUACGAGUGUGUGGGGAAAGAUAGCAGAAGGGAAGGGAUGCACCCAAACAGCCCAGCCAACUGGAGGCAGGAACCUUGCCACUCUGGCUGCUGCACAGUAAGGGAAUGUAUUUAGUUAGCACAAACAUGGCUGCUGCCUUCAGAGCUGCACAUUCAUUCACAAAAAGCAACAGCUGCCGUCAAGUGAGAAAUCUACUGCAGUGGAGAUGUCAGUCAACAGUGACAGCAGUUGCACCAGAUGAUAAAAUGAAGUCUCAGAUUCAACCGGAAAAGAAAAAACCUAAAACGGGGAUCUUGAUGUUAAAUAUGGGAGGCCCGGAGACUCUGGGAGACGUCCAUGAUUUCCUACUCAGGCUCUUCCUUGACAGAGAUCUAAUGACUCUUCCAGUCCAAAAUAAGCUGGCGCCUUUUAUUGCAAAGCGACGCACCCCGAAAAUCCAGGCGCAAUAUAGUCGGAUUGGUGGAGGAUCGCCCAUUAAGAAAUGGACUGCCAUGCAGGGAGAAGGCAUGGUGAAGCUGCUGGAUGAAAUGUCUCCGCAGUCCGCCCCUCACAAGUACUAUAUCGGUUUCCGCUACGUCCAUCCUCUGACGGAAGAAGCAAUUGAAGAGAUGGAGAAGGAUGGCAUCGAGAGAGCGGUUGCUUUCACCCAGUAUCCACAGUACAGCUGCUCCACCACAGGGAGCAGUUUAAAUGCUAUUUUUCGCUACUAUAGCAAAAAGGGGGAGAAGCCCAAGAUGAAGUGGAGUACCAUCGACAGGUGGCCUACGCAUCCUCUUCUCAUUCAGUGCUUUGCAGACCACAUACAGAAGGAACUUGCCUUAUUUCCACCCGACAAGAGGAAAGACGUUGUUAUCCUUUUCUCUGCUCACUCUCUCCCAAUGUCUGUAGUUAAUCGCGGCGAUCCAUAUCCGCAAGAAGUGGGAGCUACUGUUCAGAGGGUUAUGGAGAAACUUACCUAUUCCAACCCUUAUAGGCUUGUGUGGCAGUCCAAGGUUGGCCCUAUGCCCUGGCUAGGUCCUCAAACAGAUGAGACGAUCAAAGGGUUCUGCCAGAGAGGAAAGAAGAACAUUUUGCUGGUUCCAAUAGCUUUUACUAGUGACCACAUCGAAACACUCUAUGAGCUGGAUAUUGAAUAUGCACAGGUCUUGGCUAAUGAGUGUGGGGUUGAAAACAUCAGAAGAGCGGAAUCUCUGAAUGGAAACCCAUUGUUUGCCAAGGCACUGGCGGACUUGGUCUAUUCGCAUCUGCGGUCGAAUGAAAUAUGCUCCAAGCAGUUAACCCUCAGUUGUCCACUUUGCGUGAAUCCCACCUGCCGAGAGAUGAAAUCCUUCUUUGCCAGUCAAGAACUGUGAUGUGCAUUUGCAAAGGGACAUCCUCUGGCUAUUUGACGGAGUAACCCUGCAGAUUCUGCAAAGGGUGCCCAAUUGCUCUUCUUUCUUUAGCUCCUCUUGGGGCUGCUUCACAUACGACAUUUUCGCCCUACCUCAUAUGUGAAGUGGCCUUUGGUCCUGAAUGGGAUGUGCACUGGGGAGAAAGAGGGAGGACUUUGAAUCCCCCCACCCCCAUUGAGGGAUCUUGUAUUGGAAGGGAAGUAAUUUUUAAGGGCUUCAUCCUGUGUGUUGCUAAGAACACUUGUCUCCUGAAAUGGGUAGGCCUUCAGGGGAUUCUUAGCAUCUCACAGUAUCAAGCCAGCACCAAGUGCUGAAAAAUUGACUGAUACCGACUGAUCAUGAGCUGCUGAUGUCAGAGUACUUCCUAUAGACUUUAGCAAUCGGAGUAGUCCCAGACAUCUUGCUGCCUGAGGUGAAGGACAACAUGACACUCCAUCCUCUCUAUGGGUGGCUCUGUCUGCAGUAGCAGGAGGGUCAGUGCUUGCCGACUCCUGAGCCCCUCCUCGUAGCCAAGCUUGAGGCAACCACCUCCCCCUGCCUCACGGAAGGGCCGCCUCUGUCUGUGAUGCUGUGAGGAAAGACGUGACUCAUGGAUUUCGGCUCGUAGGGGUCAGUUCUCCUCCAGAGAAGUAGCAUUAAAUCCAGAAUGACUGCUCCAAAGAUCUUCAUUUAAGAGUUGCAACAUCAAUUGCAGAGAGCUCUUAAUAUGCACUUGCCAUAACAAUAUUAAUGUCAAGCCUUCCACGUAGGAUAUACUACUAUUUUUGUGGUCCUUUUUUACACUGUCAGAGCGCUGUAGCUAACACACUGACCAGCCUGCUGCUAUUCCUAGUCUGUUAUCAGCUGGGUUUUGAUGAUCAAGUGACAUCUAAUAAUUUUUUAAAAACACAAAUAGCAUGUAUAUUUUUUUGAAAUGGAGAUUUAUUUUGUUUUCUCCUUGGAUUUUUUCUCCCCCCCCCCCCCUUCAUGCAGAAGUGAUUCUGCAUCAGCCCAGCAGAAUGUUCCUUGGACAACAAGAGUUAUCCAGACUACGUUUACCAAGUUUCUUUCUUUUGGAGAUUUCCAUAUUGUACUUAGGAAAGUUUUUGUUCUUUGACGCUUUAUAUGAGAAGAAAUGACCACAUCUUGUUUGGGCGACAAAGCUAUUUGAAAGUACAGUGUGUUGACUGAUAGCAUGUAGAUUUGUGGGUCUAUUUGCAGAGUACUGAUGUGCCUUCACAUCUCCCCAAUCAUAGAUACAUCCAUGCAACAUGCUUAUACCUGAACCUGUGAGCUGAGGCUCGUUCUAAUUCACAAGGCCUUGUCAUAUGAGCAAGUUGUAAAUGGAUGACCCAUUCAUACAAACCACUUCCAUGUGCAUUUGUUGGGAUACAUGUGCAAGUUGUCAGCAUCAGCAGAGGGCACUGUAUGUUGCCCAGUCAAUUUGGAGAAUGGCCAACUGGUGUUGGAGAAUACUCAUUGAUCUGUUUUAUUGUACACACUGCCUACUUAAUAUGUAUAGUCUUCAAGAGGAGAAAUGCCCGCGUUGGCUGACAUGUGUGCAGUAAGUCAAUGUGACUGUGGGUCUGCAGGGAGCCUCCAGCAUCCUUGCGGUGAUGGCACCUUGUGUGACUGCACAAUGCGCCAUUGCUUAAGGGACGCUGAAGGUUCCCGGUGAACCCGCAGCCCUACUUGCACUGACUUGUAUGUUGGCCAUUGAUUGGUCAUUGUCCCGCCAUCAGUUAAAGACUCUGUGUGUAGUGUGAACAUUGCAGGAAAUCCCCUGUUGAUGCUGUUGAUCUCUGCACAUUUUCCAGGCUUCAUGUGAUAUUGUGUGCAAUCAUUUUUGUGCACCUUCUCCAUUGAACUUCCAUUAAACAUGCCUUGUGUGUGUCUAACUAUAUCUCACCAGAAUGGAUGCACUAUCCUUGCAACUUGUCGGGUAGAUGAUACCUGUAAACUGGACCUAUCCAAAAAUUUGGGUUCUACUUACGAGAGAGCCGAUUGAAGGGAAAGGAUAAUUCCAGUUCACCGAGAUGCUUUACAAGCAAGAUGUCAGAUAAGCAAUUAGUGUUGACAUUUAUUGGUAAUUCGUAAGAUGUUAGGACGCCCAGUGGGUAAUCUUGGUACUGUAUUACGAAGGCUUGUGUUUGACAUUUUAGAACUGGGGCAUGUAAAUGGCCCAUAUCAAUAAUUGAUGGAAGCAAAGAUGCGAUUUAGACAUUGUUAAGACAUUUUGAGAUUUACUGGUAAAUGUCAACACUUCCUGUACUUCCCAUGGGAACUCUUAAAAUCUUAAGAGAGCUCAUGGGAAAUGCAGGAAAUGUUGACAUUUACUGGUCAUUCUUAAGAUUUUAAGAAUGACCAGUAAAUGUCAACAUUCUCUAAAUGUUUGACACUUAACAGCAACUUAUCCAGUACACUCAUAGGGUUGCUUCAGAAGCUGUCCUGUUUAUGAAGCUUGUUGUCAGAACUGACUUUAGUCGCACUGAUACUUCUGUGUAAGGAAUUUCUCCAUAACCAGCUUUUCUUUUUUCACCGAGGGCUUCCUUCUCUUUGAACAAGUCAAAACGUGAGGCUGUUCUUCAGAGCUACUUUAUAGAUCUGCUUAUCACUUGCCAGCUGUCAAGACACUGUGGUUUUUGUGGGAUUUCUAUGGAUGCAAAUUGAUCUGGAUUUAAUUCAUGUUGUCAAUUAAACUCCAAGUGAUCUAUGAGAACAUUUUUCAACUCGUAGCGAAUGCACGAUACAGUUGGCAGCAAGCUUGUACCUGUUAGUUGUCGACAAGCGAGGGAUUAUAAAUUUCUUUAAUGCAGAAAAAUAAAAUGUUGGGCUGUG